CCUUAGCCGCUCGUCAGUUGUCACUCGCGCAUUCGCUUGCACGCCGCCACCCGCCACUGCGGCAUCGCCCGAGCUCCCUCCCUCUCCCAGGCUCCUCCCUUCUUCCAUCACUCUCCCCCGGUGGAUCGGAGACCGCGAGGGCACCUUCAUCUGCGGCUGCAAGGCCACUACAGGCUGGUACUAGCAUCUUGGCGGUGAUCGCCAUGGCUCCGAUUGCGACGGCGUCUGCUCCGAGCUCGCUUCUUCCGCUGCGCAUCGCACGCCAGGGGAUUAGGGGAGGACAAUGCUGGGGAGAACGAUCUCUAUGCGGUUCACAGUUUCACAAGGCUAUUCGCGGCUCCAAAAUUUCAGCCAGAGCUUCUAUGAACAUAACCUGCUGCGCAAACCAGACACAAACUGCGCAACGCAAAUCAUAUUCAGGACCUACCUCUCCACCAUCAGGUUCAGUGAAAGAAAAGGUGAAGCCAAGGCUUGAUGAUGGGGGUGUCGGGUUCCCGCCGUUCCGGUUCGGUGGUGGUGGUGGAGGAGGAGGCGGAGGGGGCAGCAACUCCUCCGGUGGGUUCAUCCUCUAUGUGAUUGUCUUGCUCCUAGAUUACCUGAGGGAGUUUGAGAGGAACCUGCAGAACGGGUCACGAAGGGGUAGUGACUAUGACAACGGGCUGGCACCACAAUAACUUGCGUUCCCUCUCAGUGGUUCAAACAGAGAGAGAGAGAGAGAGAGAGAGAGAGAGAGAGAGAGAGAGAGAGAGAGAGAGAGAGGAGCAUUUUGUAAUGUGGAGACAUUUCGGCUAGGCAAUGUAUGGAAAGACUGAGAAUUGUUCUUUGAGAAAUGAUAGCGAGAAGUGGAAACUUUAGCCAUUUGAUUGAAUGUGUGAUGUUAAGAUUAAACAAAAAGGCAUUGACACUUGAACAA